AUGCCUCGAGAGAUCAUUACACUUCAGGCAGGGCAAUGUGGCAACCAAGUCGGCUCUGAGUUCUGGCGGUUGCUCUGCGCCGAACAUGGUAUUCGUCAUGAUGGUAUUGUGGAGCCCUUUGCAAGUGCUGGGGACGAUCGGAAAGACGUUUUCUUUUACCAGGCUGACGACGAUCACUAUAUUCCUCGUGCGCUUCUUAUUGACAUGGAGCCGCGCGUUAUUAAUGCCAUUCAACGCGGUAGCAUGCAGCGUCUUUUUAACCCGGAAAAUGUGUACAUCCAUUCUGAGGGAGGCGGCGCCGGGAAUAACUGGGCCCAUGGAUAUGAAAUGGGCGAUAGCGUGCAAGAAACACUGUUUGACAUGAUUGAACGCGAGGCAGAGAAUAGUGACAGUCUUGAGGGGUUUGUGCUUACACACAGCAUUGCUGGGGGCACAGGCAGUGGAAUGGGAAGUUAUCUUCUUGAGCAUCUCAACGAUCGGUUUCCGAAGAAACUUAUUCAGACUUAUAGUGUUUUCCCAAAUCAGUCCCGUGGUGGAGACAGCGACGUCAUUGUACAGCCGUACAAUAGUUUGUUAGCAAUCAAACGUCUGACGCUGCAUGCUGAUUGUGUCGUUGUUCUGGACAACACGGCUCUGAAUCGUAUUGCCACAGAUAAUUUACAUAUUUCUUCACCCACUGUUGAACAGAUGAAUGGAUUAGUGAGCACCGUUAUGGCAGCCUCUACUGCAACUUUACGUUAUCCGGGUUAUAUGAAUAAUGAUCUCAUGAGUAUGCUUGCUUCGUUGAUUCCCACUCCACGCUGCCACUUUAUAUGCACCGGUUACACACCCACAACAUUAGACACCUCGAACAUUCAGUCUUCUGUACAGAAAACAUCCGUGCACGACGUUAUGCGACGGCUUUUGAUGCCAAAGAAUAUGAUGGUUUCAACUUCUAUGAAGAGUGGUUGUUACAUCUCCCUGUUGAAUCUCAUUCAAGGCGAUGUAGACCCGGCACAAGUACAUCGUUCACUUGAGCGGAUUCGCGAGCGUUCACCUAACUUUAUCCCAUGGGGACCCGCUUCUAUUCAAGUGAUUCUAUCGAAGAAGUCACCUUACUUAGACACACGGCAUCGUGUGAGUGGACUUGUAAUGGCAAAUCACACCAGUAUAAAUUCUCUCUUUCAACGAACGCUCAAGCAGUUUGACUUGCUGUUUAACCGCGGUGUUUUCCUGGAGCAGUAUAAACGGUACGGCCCCAUGAAGGAGAACCUUGACGAAUUUAAACACUCUAGGGAAGUUCUGGAGAGCCUGGUGAGUGAAUACAAGGCAUGCGAGAGUUCGGAUUACAUUCGAAAUUUUUAG